UAAUUCCUUGGAUUGCAGGGUAAUAUACUGUAUAUUUUUAGAUAUGUUCUUGCGUGCAAGAUUUGUAACCAGAGUCUCAUUACCUUUAUUUUCUCUCGUUAUCGGCGCAUUCCUUGGAUCACACUUCAAUUUUGAGAGAACGUAUUCUCGUCAGGAGGCGCUAACAACCACAAUUCCAGGGCAUGCAUAUCAUACUCUUUCCAAGGAAGAUGAAGGCAGAACGCUCCAUGCCGAUUUGCCAAUUAUUUUUGCGAUCACUCCGACUUAUACCCGACAUGUCCAGAAAGCUGAAUUGACGAGAAUCUGUCACACUUUUAUGCACGUUCCUCGGUUGCAUUGGAUCGUCGUUGAGGACGCGAAGAAUAAGACGCAGUUGGUGGCGAAGCAUUUGUCCAGAUGUGGAGUCCCGUACACUCAUCUCAAUGCUUUCACGAUCAAACCAAAGCCACGAAAGGACUCGAAGAACAGGACUAUAAUUCUUUGGGGCAAAGGUGUGCUACAAAGAAAUACCGGUUUGAAAUGGCUUCGAGAUCAAGCUGAUGGCGCCAACGGGACUCGACGUGGCGUGGUUUAUUUUGCUGACGACGACAAUGUGUACGAUCUGGAGCUGUUUGAAAGGAUGCGUCACGUGAAGAAAGCAUCGGCCUGGGCUGUUGCUUUCGUCGGCGGGUUGCUGGUUGAACGCCCGAUUUUCGACGAAGAAACCAAGCUGGUUGUUGGAUGGAAUUCCUUGUACCAAAGAUGGAGACGGUAUCCAGUGGGU